CCUCCUAUAAAUACUGCGAGCUCCUCUACUCCCGACACUCGAGUCUCACGGCACAGAGAAGCUUAGCAGCAGAUUUCACCAAGGGGAAACUGCUGUAAUUUACCCAGUACACGGAUCUAAUGGGAUAACUCUUUGUAAAUGCUUUUUAAGAAUCGCCAUUCUAGAAAAUCAAACACUGGCUACUUGCAAGGCCCUGGCCUGGAGGCUUAUUUGAAAGGGUUUAACUUCACCGGUGAACCCCCUUGGCUCCUCUGCGCCUGACCAACGGCCAGAACAGAUUCUGUUGAUUUUGUAUUCCACAUCUUUGUAACAAACUCAAACAUUGACCAUGAACCCUACUGCUGCACUUGACCUUUCAUUCCUGGAGGAGGGCUUUUCUGCUCGAGACGUUAUUGAGCAGAACAUCAAUGAGUCAUCCUUAACAGAUGACAGGGAUGCCUUCUAUAUCUGUGACUUGGGGGACAUCUUGAAAAAACACCUGCGUUGGACAAGGGCCCUGCCUCGUGUCACUCCAUUUUAUGCUGUCAAAUGCAAUGAUAGCAGGAGUGUUGUCACAACCCUUGCAUCCUUAGGAACAGGUUUUGACUGCGCUAGCAAGACUGAGAUUCAGCUGGUACAGUCUCUGGGUGUGGAUCCAGGCAGAAUUAUCUAUGCCAACCCCUGCAAGCAAGUAUCUCAGAUCAAAUAUGCAUCUGCCCACGGGGUCCGGAUGAUGACGUUUGACAGUGAAGUCGAACUCAUGAAAGUGGCUCGCUAUCAUGACAAUGCCAAGCUUGUGCUGCGUAUUGCCACUGAUGACUCAAAGGCAGUGUGUCGCCUUAGUGUCAAAUUUGGUGCACCACUCAAAGCUUGCAGAGGUCUUCUCGAAAAGGCUAAAGAACUGGGCCUGGAUGUCAUUGGUGUUAGUUUUCAUGUUGGAAGUGGUUGCACUGAUCCACUGACAUAUAGUCAGGCUAUUAGUGAUGCCCGCUACGUCUUUGAUAUGGGGAAUGAGCUUGGCUUCACCAUGGACCUGUUGGAUAUCGGAGGCGGCUUUCCUGGUUCAGAUGAUGUGGAUCUCAAAUUUGAAGAGAUCACAGCAGUAAUUAACCCUGCACUAGACAAGUACUUCCCUGUUGACCAUAAACUGAAGAUCAUAGCUGAGCCUGGGCGCUUUUAUGUGGCAUCUGCUUACACAUUGGUUGUGAAUAUUAUUGCAAAGAAGGUCAUCCUGGAUGAUGACAAUGCGUCUGAUGAGGAGGAUGAAGGGACCACUGAUAGGACCAUUAUGUAUUAUGUCAAUGAUGGUGUUUAUGGAUCAUUCAACUGCAUUCUGUUUGACCAUGCUCACUGUCUGCCUUCACUACAUAAGAAGCCAAAGCCAGAUGAGCCCUUGUACCCUUGCAGCAUCUGGGGCCCCACCUGCGAUGGUCUGGACCGCAUUGUAGAGCAGUGCACUCUGCCUGACCUCCAGGUUGGAGACUGGUUGGUGUUUGAGAACAUGGGUGCCUACACAGUGGCUGCUUCUUCCACAUUCAAUGGCUUCCAAAGACCAGACAUUCAUUAUGUCAUUUCACGCCCAUCAUGGCAACAUGUCCAGAGGAUCUCAUCCCAAGGCCUUCCACCUCAAGAGUCUUGCCUGCAGGAAAUGCUAGUAUGCUGUGGCAGAGAAAGUGUUGUAGAAAUGCCCACCAAAUCCUGUCAGACUCAUGUGGUUUAAAGGUUACCAUUAACAUACUUCAUAUUAUGACCAGUUAACAAGGAGAGAGGCAUGCUGCACAUACUUUUGUUCAGCAUUGACAGCUGGGUACUGUUUCUUUUUAACUCCUUGUAUAUUACAGUUCUCUUUUCAUUUUAAAUGACACAUUUUGAUGCAAAGGCUUUAUUAACUUCCUUUUGUGACAACUGGGAUAACAGUGACAUUUUCCCCAGCUUGUCCAUGUUGCCUCAUAUACACCACCUUGAUAAAAUAUCCAUCAGCCUACUUGAUGCAUGUUUAUUCUCUAAGAAGCACAUGUUUAAUCUGUGCUUCUAUAUGUCUGAACCUUUCAGUCUUUUAUUCAUAGACUGAAACAACAGUGACUCAAAGCACAUGGUUACUCUUUUUAUUUAUAAUUUUGAUGUUUGAGUUUGAAUAUUAAAAUACAAGUGGAUACGAAAGAUACAGGAUUGCACAUUAAUUUUGCUUUCCUAUGGAAACUUGUUAGAAAACAAAGCAAAACACUUUUGUAUUUUUUUAUGAAAAUAAAACUGUAGAGGCAGAGCCAAUGUGUGUGUUAUUGUUAAUAUGGGUCAAUGUUUAGCUUCAGUUUAAAUGCAAUGUCUCC